AUGAUGAUCACCACUACUACAACAACCACUCCUUCUUCCACAACAACACCCAAAACGCCAUCAUCAACCACUUCAGAAGAGGACCAGCAUCAUCAUCAUCACUCCUCCUCAUCAUCACUGAAUCACGCUCUUCCUUCCUUCUUACUGAGUGGUGCGGAAUCCUCUGAUGCUACCAACACCACCAAUUCGACACUGUCAACAACAAGUGGAUCUCAACUUCCAAAACCCAACAACAACAACAACUCUCACCUCCUUUUCAAUUCGGUGGAGCCUUCUCCCACUCUCUCUCCUCGAAUUCCACAACAACAACAAGGAGGAGCAUCAUCAUCCACAAGUACAGCAUUGUAUACAACCAUUCAUCCUCAACUGACAGCUGGAAGUGCAGGAGGAGGAGCAUCUUCUGCUUCUUCUUCCUCGUCUUCUCUCUCCAAUUAUCAAGGACAACUCGAUUCACCUUCAUCAUCACCUCAUCUUCUCUUUGCACAAUCUUCUUUAUUGAAUCAUGAAGAAUUGGAGAAUCUUCUUCGUCCUUCUUCCUUCGGGCGACGUGUUGGUGGCGAUUUGAACGAAUUAUUUUCCAAGUCGGCUCCUUCGUUAAAUCCAACUUCGACAAGUGAUAGUAGUUUUUUUCAAUUAGAAAGUAAUACCAGUAUGCUUCUCUCCAUUGGAUCCAAAGUCUCUGAAGUGACAUCAGGACAAUCAGUUUCGAAAAAGUCACCCAAAUCACCCAAAUCUCCAAGCAAGCAUCAAAAUAUAGAUUAUGUCAUUCAACCUUUACAUUCUAAGACUGUCAUGAACAAUCAUUCUUCGAACACAACUCCAAAACAUUCUCCAUUUGUGUCGUCACAAUCAUCAUUUAAAACUCCAGAGGUGUAUCCACCCAAUAUCUCGAUGAGUGGUGGUAUUGAGACAACGAGUAGUCCACAUCUUUCUCGUGCCACAAUUACAUCAUCAUCGGGAGAGGAGGAUCAUCUGAUUGAGGAAUUAUUUCAUCACAACGGAUUGAAUUCGAAUCAAGUAUUAGUGACGAUGACAGGAAGUGGUGGCGGUCGACUCAGAAGUAAAUCUUCAUUGACACCCUAUUCUCCUUCUUUAACAAUGGAAGGAAAUUCAUUGAAUCUCAUGACACCUACCAAGUUGGCAUUUCUGAGAAAUGCAACGAAUGGAUCAAUGAAAGGAACCUCUCCAUUGCAGCAAAAUUCACAACAAUAUAUGGAAAGCCCUGGUGGUGUGAGUGUAGAAACUGUAAUUUCAGGCAAAACGGUUGAUUCUCCUAAUAAUGCAUCGAGUUCAAGUUUGAAAGGUUCUAAUCAAUUAAGAGACAGUUUAACACAAAGUUUGAAACGAAAAUAUUCAAGAGCUGGAUCUAAAUUAAAAUUGUCAAGAUCUGCUCUUGAUGAAAGAAGACUCUCUUUGAGUUUAGAGGCACUUGGAAGUGUAUUGGAGCAUAAUGGAGUGUUAAUUACGGAAGCAUCGAUGCGAGGCUCCGAAUUGUUACAAGCAGUCCUUCAUAUUCAGUCCAUGAAAGAAAUUGACGUUCCAAAAUCAACACAACCCACACAAGAAAAGGAGUCUGAUUUAGAAUUGGAAAGAAAAAAGAAUGUUUUGCGUGAAAUUCUCAAACAAUGUGACAAAAUGCAAUGCAACUCUAAAUUAUAUACUGCAUGUAAAGAGAAUGAUGUUCUCACAGCAACUUUAAUUUUGGAGGAAUUUAUUUCAAAUUGUGACUUGAAUUUUAGAAAUGGACAAGAUAUGGACAAGAGUUUCUUACAUAUUUGUGCUAAAGAUAAUCAUACAGAAAUUUUGGAAUUAUUACUUGAAUGUGGUGCAGAUCCUAAUGUGAAGGAUAAAAUUUCUAGGACUCCUCUUCAUGUGGCCUGUGCUGCUGGUUCUCAUUUUGCAAUGGUCUUGUUAUUGGGCCAUGAAGCAAUGCCAAAUGUAAGAGAUGAAUAUGGAUUUUCACCUCUUAGUCUCGCCUUAAAACAACACUAUUUUGACAUGGCGAAAGAUUUACUCUUGUUUGGUGCAGAUGUGAAUUUGAAACAAUUUGAUGGAAGCACUCUUUUACACGACUUUUUUGGUAAUGGUGAUCUCGAUGUGGUAAAAUUUCUAGUGAGCGAUCUUCCUGAUUCUCACACCUUGUUGACUAUGGUCAGAAAUGAACAUGGUUGGUCAGCACUUUUCUGUGCUAUCCAAAAUUCUCAAAUUGAUGUCAUUCGAUACCUUCUCAAUUCAAAAUAUCAAGCUCAAAUAUUUUCAUCACUUUCAAACUCCUCUAACAGUGGAGAAAAUGUGUUUCACAUUGUAGCACGAAGUGGUGAUGUGGACAUGCUUUCAGAAUUAAUUAAUAUUUUCAAUGAAAGGGAAUCUCAAGAACACAAAAUGCUUCUUCAACAGACCAUGAGUAAUGUUCCCAAUUACAUGAAGAAUAUUGCAGUAAUGGUUCGAGAAUUGUUAAAACUGACAACGACAAGUAGUUCAUCUGGUGAGUUAGUUGACAAGAAAAAGAAAUUGUACAGAGCAGUCGAGGUGAAUGUUAUGGAUAAGAAGGGAAACACACCACUUCACUAUUGUUUAUUCGAUAUGAAGGAGAAGAUGGAUUUCACUUCUUCGGCAAUUCUGACAUUCCUCAUUUCCUGCAAAAAUUGUAAAGUGGAUGUUAAGAAUGAGAAAGGAGUUACGGUAAAAUCUCUCGCAAAGCAAUACGGUGUCAUGUUAAAGGAAUAG